GCCUCCUCUCUGCCCAUCCCUGAUAGAUAUGUGCUGGUCCUCUAUCUCCGGACAUUAGAUCUUCUCCUUUCAUCGCAGCGCACAGUCUGUACAAGGCGAUUUCGCCCGCUGCGGCGCUCAGCAUGCCGGCCUUCGGUGCGCCAGCGAACCGCCUUUAACGCAGCCCCCUAUGCUGUCCGUAUUGUUUGCUUUCAGGAGCCUUUUCUUUUUUUCUAUUCUUUUUACAAAUUUAUUUAAAGCAGGAUCGCUGGAAUUGUUUCAGAUCAAGACACCGGGGAGAGUGGAGAAUCUAUAUUUUUGGCCGAACUAAGUGGGCGAUUGCUUAAUUUUGAAUCUCAUUGAAAAUAAGUAAACAUGGCGAGCGACUCUCCGGCUCGAAGUCUGGAUGAAAUUGACCUUUCUGCGUUAAGGGACCCUGCUGGUAUCUUUGAACUGGUGGAACUGGUUGGCAAUGGGACGUACGGCCAGGUGUACAAGGGUCGUCACAUGAAGACGGGUCAGCUCGCCGCCAUCAAGGUCAUGGAUGUCACGGGGGACGAGGAAGAGGAGAUCAAGCAGGAGAUCAACAUGCUGAAGAAGUACUCCCACCACCGGAACAUCGCCACCUACUACGGCGCCUUCAUCAAGAAGAACCCGCCGGGAAUGGACGACCAGCUCUGGUUGGUGAUGGAGUUUUGUGGUGCUGGAUCGGUGACGGACCUGAUCAAGAACACCAAGGGUAACUCGCUGAAGGAGGAGUGGACAGCCUACAUCUGCCGUGAGAUCCUCAGGGGUCUGACUCACCUCCACCAUCACAAAGUCAUCCACCGGGACAUCAAAGGCCAAAAUGUUCUGCUGACGGAGAACGCGGAGGUCAAACUGGUGGACUUCGGUGUGAGCGCUCAGCUCGACCGCACGGUCGGGCGCAGGAACACGUUCAUCGGCACCCCCUACUGGAUGGCCCCGGAAGUGAUCGCCUGCGACGAGAAUCCCGAAGCCACGUACGACUUCAAGAGUGACCUGUGGUCAUUGGGGAUCACAGCCAUUGAGAUGGCGGAAGGUGCCCCACCGCUGUGUGACAUGCACCCCAUGAGGGCGCUGUUUCUCAUCCCCAGGAACUCGCCUCCCAGACUCAAGUCCAAGAAAUGGACCAAGAAGUUCCAGUCCUUCGUAGACAGCUGCCUGGUGAAGAACCACGGGCAGAGACCCAGCACAGAGCAGCUGCUGAAGCACCCCUUCAUCCGGGAGCAGACCAACGAGAGGCAGAUCCGCAUCCAACUCAAAGAUCACAUCGACCGUACCAGGAAGAAGCGGGGCGAGAAAGAUGAUAUGGAGUACGAGUACAGCGGCAGCGAGGGAGACGAAGAUGAUAUUGACACAGGGGAGCCCAGCUCCCUCAUCAACAUCCCGGGCGAGUCCACCCUGAGGCGGGACUUCCUGCGGCUGCAGCUGGCCAAUAAGGAGCGAUCGGAGGCGCUGCGUCGCGAGCACCUGGAGCACCAGCAGAGCGAGGAGCACAAGCGCCAGCUGCUGGCGGAGAGGCAGAAGCGCAUCGAGGAGCAGAAGGAGCAGCGGCGGAGGCUGGAGGAGCAGCAGCGUCGAGAUCGGGAGCUGCGGAAGCAGCAGGAGCGGGAGCACCGCCGGCGCUACGAGGAGAUGGAGCAGCUGAGGCGCAAGGAGGAGCGCAGGCAGCAGGAGCAGGAGUACAUCCGUCGCCAGCUGGAGGAGGAGCAAAGACAGCUGGAGAUCCUGCAGCAACAGCUGUUGCAGGAGCAGGCUCUUCUCCUGGAGUACAAGCGGAAGCAGCUGGAGGAGCAGAGGCAGGCUGAGCGCCUUCAGAGGCAGCUCCAGCAGGAGAGAGCCUUCCUGGUGUCCCUGCAGCACCAGCAACAGCAAGACCCCAGACCCGUGGAGAAGAAACAGCUCUACCACUACAGGGACGCCGUCAAUCCGAACGACAAGCCGGCAUGGGCCAAGGAGGUGGAAGAACGCUCGAAGCUGAACCGCCAGAGCUCCCCAGCGAUACAGCACAAGGCGGCUAAUCGGAUCUCGGACCCGUCGCUGCCGCCCCGCUCCGAGUCCUUUAGCAGCAGCCGGCGCAGGCCGCACGCUGCACGCCCAUGGCACCGGGUCCCUGAGCCACAGAUGAUCCACCUGGUGCCCAUGAAGUCCCACAGCGUAUCCCUGUCGCCCUCUCAGUCCCUGCACGAACAGUCGGUCUCAUUCCCAGAGGUCCAGUCUUUCCCGGCGGCCCGCCCUUCACCGCCAGAACUCGGACCGACCUCCGAGACCCCCAUGCCACCGCCUCGGGUCACCAGCCGCGAGGAUAAGUUCGACCGCAGCUCCUGGCUGAGGCAGGACGAGGACAUCCCACCCAAGGUGCCCCAACGGACAACAUCGAUCUCUCCAGCGAUGGUGAGGAAGAACUCCCCAGGGAACGGAGCAGGCCUGGGGCCAAGGACCAGCUCCCAGCUUAUUUGCGCCAGUAACCCGUAUCUGCGCAAGUCCGACGUGACUCCGGAGGCGGCCUUCCAGAGGACCAGUAGUGCUAGCUCAUCCAGCUCCGGUACCCCCAGCUCCCAGCCCGGCUCGCAGACUGGGUCCAGUGAGAGGAAUCAGGUUCGAGAGUCCGGCAGUGCUGACGGGCCCCCUGCGGUCCCGCAAGAAGUUCCCAGACCGAAGCAGGAGGAUAUCCGCGAGGCGACCAGGCCGAGUCGGCCAGCGGACCUGACGGCCCUAGCCAAAGAGCUGCGGGAGAUUCGCAUCGAUGAGUCCAACCGGCCACCCGUCAAGGUGACGGACUACUCCUCCUCCAGCGAGUCGGAAAGCAGCGAGGAAGAGGACAGCGAGAACGUGGGCCUCGACGGCACCGUGCCUGUCUGCGACAUCCCUCGCAUCAUCCCAUCGGUUCCUGGAAGCACCGAUUCUUUUGCCGUGGCUCAGACCGCCGGUGAUGACGACGAACCCCGUGAUGACACCUGUGACAGCGGCUCCAAUGAGAACACGCCGACUGAGACUGAGAUGCCAGAGGAUGAAAAACGCACUGAGCACGCGGAGAGCAAUGGCUUCGCCGCCCAUGUCAAUCUCCCUGACCUGGUGCAGCCAAGCCACUCCCCCCUGAGCACACCCCCCGAAGGCCUGGGGAACGUCCCCAGUCUGCAGGUGCAGGACAUGGAUUCCGCAGCUGAAUACGGGAUGGGGGUUGGGUCAAAGUCCUCAUUCACGCCGUUCGUGGACCCACGUGUGUACCAAACCUCCCCCACGGAUGACGACGGUGAAAACACCGCCACCGCCCUGCUCACCGCCGAGCUGCUGCUGCAGGAGCAAGCCAAGCUCAAUGAGGCACGCAAGAUCUCAGUGGUCAACGUCAAUCCCACCAACAUCCGGCCGCACAGCGACACACCCGAGAUUCGCAAGUACAAGAAACGCUUCAACUCCGAGAUCCUGUGCGCUGCGCUCUGGGGGGUGAACCUGUUGGUGGGAACCGAGAACGGACUGAUGCUGCUGGACCGCAGCGGCCAGGGCAAAGUAUACAACCUGAUCACAAGGAGACGCUUUCAGCAAAUGGAUGUGUUGGAGGGACUCAACGUGCUGGUCACGAUAUCAGGAAAGAAGAACAAAUUAAGGGUUUAUUACCUGUCGUGGCUGAGAAACCGGAUACUGCACAACGACCCGGAGGUCGAGAAGAAGCAGGGCUGGAUCACUGUCGGGGACCUUGAGGGCUGCAUCCACUAUAAAGUCGUGAAAUAUGAGAGAAUUAAAUUCCUGGUGAUCGCUCUGAAGAACUCUGUGGAGAUUUACGCGUGGGCCCCCAAGCCUUACCAUAAAUUCAUGGCUUUCAAGUCUUUCACAGAUCUCCAGCAGAAACCACAGCUGGUGGACUUGACCGUGGAAGAAGGUCAGAGGUUAAAGGUUAUUUACGGGUCCAGUGUUGGAUUUCACGUGAUUGAUGUGGAUUCCGGAAAUCCCUACGACAUCUACAUCCCGUCCCAUAUUCAGAGCACCAUCUCUCCACAUGCCAUCGUGAUUCUCCCCAAGACUGAUGGCAUGGAGAUGCUCCUGUGUUACGAGGACGAGGGGGUCUAUGUGAAUACCUAUGGCAGGAUCACCAAGGACGUGGUGCUACAGUGGGGGGAGAUGCCCACUUCUGUUGCCUACAUCCACUCCAACCAGAUCAUGGGCUGGGGAGAGAAGGCCAUUGAGAUUCGUUCUGUGGAGACGGGACACCUCGACGGCGUCUUCAUGCACAAGCGAGCUCAGCGAUUAAAGUUCCUCUGUGAGAGGAACGAUAAGGUCUUCUUCGCUUCAGUUCGUUCUGGGGGGAGCAGCCAAGUCUUCUUCAUGACUCUCAAUCGGAGCUCCAUGAUGAAUUGGUAAAUCCCUCCUUGAUGGUCAUCUGUGGAUUCCUACUCACCCCCCCCCCCCCCCCCACGAGUGUCACUUUCAUAGCCCUUGUGGUAAACAAGAAGAAGCCUGAUAAUCACACCACCACACAAGAGCCGGGAUCGACACGCCCCCCCCCUACCCCUCCGGGUGGGUGUUGUGAAGAGGAAGGCAUCUUCUCCAAUGGUGCUGUUGUCACCGCCCUCUUGUGGGGGGGCAGGAUCCUGAAUCACAUUCUAUAUCAGAACACCAUGCACCAUGGGAAGCACCCAUAUGUGGAGCAUCACAUGGGGCAAAAGAGUUCCUUUAUUUAUUUUUAAUAAAGCCCCCCCCCCCUUUCCUCUUGUUCGUUGUGUCUAUCAUUUUGAGCUUGAAGGGGGAAGGUAAUUGGGAUGUAUUUCCUUAUGAGAGCUGUGCAAGGAGCCCGAACGUGUGACAGUAAAUUUCACCAAACGGUGACAUCCGUCACGGAGGAUCGUAAUUGUGGAUAAUUGUACACAAUGGACUUUGUUGAAAAGUGCAGUCGUGAAGAUUAUAUUUGGGUCUGUUCCUCCUUUUUCCCUGUCGGCCUCCGGCGAUUUCCGCAUGUGUGUCACCCCGUUUCUGCCUUUCGCCGUGAAACAAUCGAGUCCCCCUCCAUGUGCCAAAUCUGGUCUCGCCAUUGCCCUGCCUCAUAUCUCCAGUCCCACCAAAAGUGCACCCCCCAAUCGGGGCUUUUUUCAGGGUUUUACUCGACUCCUUCGAUCUAGUAGCUUCAGCUGGGGAUCCAGCCAUGAACUUCUGACGUUGUAGUCAUGCUGACACACCACGAGUGACUUUGUUUAUUUUGUAUUUUUAUUUUUAUUUUAUUUUUUUCCCUGAAACUGGGGUCCUUGCAUUGAGUAGGAAUCCCAGUUGUUGCUGGACAGUGAACUUAACUGAUAUGGGUGCUCAGUCUUCUGCAUCAAUGGGAGCCAGGUGUGUGAUUGCGGGCGGCUCCUCAUCUACUGUAACCCUGCUGCCAUGCUGUGGGCCUGUACAAAGACCCACCUAAGCUCAUUCCUGUAAUGUAUCAUAAUUUUUUUAAGCAGGCCACUCUGAAAACCUGUCCAAAAUAAACAUUGUGUUUUUUUUUUUCCCCCCUUCAUUAUCGACGUGACCACGCUCAUACACGUGCCAUUGAUGUUGUGGAAAGGAAGGAAAAAUGAUAAACAAAUCUGUCUCUCAUCUGAUUCACCUACCUCUCCUUUGUCUGUUUUCGUCCAUUUUGUUUUGGAAAUUUUUUGGGAUGACACCCCCACCAGCGAGGUUAGACCAAGGUGUCGAUAUAGUCAGGGCGUCUACACAGAGGAGGCUGGCGGUCGUGCUCCUUAGAAAUACCCGCAACGAAUGUGUGUUUUACAGUCGGCAGACGAGGCGUAAUUAGUGGGAAGUUGUGGAAGCAGAUCUGGAUUUGAUUGGCUCAUGACCCUCCUGGAGUGAAAGCACAGGGACUCGUUCUGUGCCUUGAGUACAAAUUGGUGCUUGCGAGGAGGUCGGGGUUCGACACACUGGUGGAUCAGUGCCUGCCUGUGUGCUGUAGCUCUGCUGACCGGGAAACUCCUGGGGUCCUUAGGGCGACAGUGGGCAGAAUGUAGCAGAUGGGUCCUUCUGCCGUGUAACUGAGCUGGAAGCGGAUUUCCAUUGGUCACUCCCCCCUAUAUUGAUUUGUUGUUGUGCAAACCACCACAGUAUCGAUUUUUAAUUGUGAACCAUGGACACGGUGCACCUGGUUCACAAGGACAUUCUGUUUUUAUUGGCAGAAUUUUGGGAGAUUAAGUGCUAAUAUCCAUCCAUCCAUUUUCUGAAACCGCUUGUACUUUUCAGGGUUGUGGGGGCUCCGGAGCCUGUCGUGGGAUAAAAAUAAUUCUUUCCUAAAGAUAUAAGCUAUGUUUAUACUUGUGUUUUUCUUCAUGUUUAUCUUUUUCCAAAGUAGGAGAAAUCACUGUAAUACUUUUAAAUAUUAUCCUGGGUUUCUAGUAAUGUUUGCACAUUUAGGGCCAGAUUUAUCAAUGUUAGCCAUUAAUUUCACAAAUACCGUCACUAUAUGUGAUUUAAAAUGUCAAGCAAAUGCAUUUUAUUCUUUUCUGUUUUUGACACAAAGCAGGUGCUCUGGUAAAAAAAAAAAAAAAAAAAACUUUGAUUAAUCUGGCCCAAGACAUUGUAUUUUAAAUAUGAAUUAAAUAAGAAUAAGGAACCUGAUUUGGGGGCAGGAGGUUUCUGUCCAGGCGUGUCUAGCAAUAAGGUGUACUGAUACCAUGGCUCCUUCCCUUUUACUAUCUGUGUAGCCUUUGCAGAACUUUCUGGACUCUCUGGUCUCAAUCAUACAGGUUUAAAGUGGGAUCCAGCCCCGUGUUCGAGGGGCUGUCCAUCACUGCUGGGCCCUCGCGCCCCAGAACUCAGUACUGUCACCAUUUUGUUUUGGAUCUGAAAUGUAGUAACAUCUGUUUUUUAAAAAAAAUAAAUAUAUAAAUAAAUAAUAAUUCAUUAAUAAA